ACACAAACCCAUUAUCAGGCCCGUAGUCGUGGCCCGGCCGCGCAGCCUGUAAACAACCCUAGACCCUAAUCACCUCCUUCUCGUACAUCUCGCAACACUUCGUCUGCUACUGAGAGAGAUCGACUCUUGCUUGCCGAAACACAAUCAUGGUGAAUGUUUCCUUUUAUCGAAACUAUGGAAAGACGUUCAAGAAGCCCCGCCGCCCUUACGAGAAGGAGCGUUUGGAUGCCGAGCUGAAGCUGGUGGGAGAGUACGGCCUGCGUUGCAAGCGAGAGUUAUGGAGGGUUCAGUACGCUCUUAGCCGUAUCCGAAACGCCGCGAGGGAGCUGCUUACCUUGGAUGAGAAGAAUCCGCGCCGGAUCUUUGAAGGUGAGGCUCUUCUCCGUAGGAUGAACCGCUAUGGACUUUUGGAUGAGAGCCAGAACAAGCUAGAUUAUGUCUUGGCGUUGACUGUUGAGAACUUCCUUGAGCGCCGUUUGCAGACCCUUGUCUUCAAGUCGGGUAUGGCGAAGUCCAUUCAUCAUGCCAGAGUGCUUAUUAGGCAGAAGCAUAUCAGGGUUGGAAGACAGGUUGUGAACAUUCCCUCUUUCAUUGUGAGGGUUGAUUCACAGAAACACAUUGAUUUCUCACUCACAAGUCCCUUUGGCGGUGGUCGUCCUGGAAGGGUGAAGAGAAAGAACAUGAGAGCAGCUGCUAAGAAGGCUGCUGGUGGUGAUGGAGAUGAAGAAGAGGAGGAAUGAGCCAGGUUUUGAUGUUUUGCUAUAGUUAGUUGGAGUUUGCCCAUUCAUUUAGUUUUCACAACUCUAUCGGUCUAGUUUUUUUAAAAAAAAAAAAAUUUAAUUGUUUGGAGAAGUCUUUGUUGAUCUUGAAAUCUUUGGAGAAGUUUUUGUUGCUAAAUGUUUUGGACACCAUGCAAUAUGAAGAAAUCUAUUAUAUUGACUUAAAUUGCA